UUCAAAAGUUCAAAAUAUAUUUACGGACAGAGUAUGCUGCGACAAAACUCAAUUAACUUGGGGUAUCCCCCGGUUUUGUGACUUGAUUUAAGAUUUCGAUUUGGUUUGAUUUUCGGUUUGGUUCAAAUGUGGAACUUAAAAGGUGACUCUCUCUCUGUGUCAGAAGUGUCUUCCUUUCCUCUGCAUUCUCUUCUUCUUUGUGCCGUGUGGGUGUGGCAUUUCUCUUGUAGCGACAGGAAUUGUGCCAGAGCUGCAACAGCAAUGGCGACGGAAUCAAUUUUUCUCAAGCCUGUAUCUUUCGCAUGGUUUACGAAAAACCCAUUGAAUCAAUUUCAUAAAAGAAGACAACUUUCCUAUCGAAUUCGUCGUUUUCGAUUCGGUGUAAUUUGCUCCAAGUCAUCUGAUUAUCAAGAUUUCCAGAGUUAUGCAAGACCUUUGCGUCUCUUACCAGCAGAAGAAGUGAAAGUUUUUAGAGGGAAUCCAUCUUUCACUGUGAGCGAAUCUCGAUCUCUUUAUAAGGUUAAGCUACAGACAAGUAAUUUGUUUGGUUCAGGGAUUAGUGAUAUGAAUGCUAGAGUUCUUAUAUGCUUGAUAGACGAAAAGGGCGAUUCGGUAUUACAGACAAUACCUCCAAAUUUGUCAUCUUUGGAUCCAGAGGUUGUGGAAAAUGGUGAAAGCUUCAGGUUUCAGAGGGGCUCUCUUGAUGAAUUCUCAUUUGAAGGACCGAAACUCGGCAAAAUCAGAGCUUUUUGGAUUGGUCUUGAGUCUGGUCAAUGGAGAGUUGGAAGAGUGAGCUUGUGGGUGGUUAAUCCUCGUGGUAAAGAAACCGAGGCAAAAACCUUUUGUUACCGAUAUGAUUUUGAAGUUGAUGAACUCUUGCUUGGAGAGAGCAGUGACCUAUCAAUGGUGGAACUUAGACCUAGCCGUAUCACUGAACUCGCUGACUCCGAUCAAAUCUCUUCGUCUUCAGCUCUGAAUCUUGACCGUACUAUGGUUUCCAAUGAGGAAAGCAUGGAAGAAUACGCAAACUUGAAACUCUCUCUGCUACUCUAUGAUGCGGUUCUCAUCCUUCUUGGAAGUUUGGUCUUUUCCUUCUCACUUGGUGAAAACUCCGCCAUUGCUUUCUUCUUCGGUGGAACUAUGGGAUUUCUCUACUUAUUGCUAUUACAGAGAUCAGUUGAUGAACUGCAAGUACCGGGAUCUUCUUCUUCCGAAAACUCCAAUCAGAUACUCAGCGGGGGACUCAAGAUUCCGGUUUUGAGCCUUGCAUUGGCCAUAGGAUUAACGGUUUUGGCCAUGAGAGGACACAUUGGAGGAGAGAUGACUGCAUUUGCAGUCACACCAAAAGAGAUAGUGGUGGGGACUUUGGGGUUUCUUGUAUGCAAAGUAGCCGUUAUUUUGGCUGCCUUUAAGCCCUUGAAGGAUGGUCCUUAAAUCUUAAGAGAACCAAUGUUCUGAUGCUGUACAUGACUUUGUUGUAUAUAACAGAUAUGUAAAUAAGAAUAGAUACAUCAUGUGAUCAUACAUGUAUAUGUAUACCAUACAUCACAUAAAAUGGAAAUCGAUAUUUUAUAGAUCAUAUAAAUGUAUAUAU